AUGAAAUUAUUAUUAUCAAUUUUAAUUGUAUUAAUUUUAAAAAGUUCAAAUGUUAAUUCAUAUGGUGAAUCAGAUUCUCAAGGUAAUCCAUGUUCACUUGAAAGAGAAUCACAUAAUUUGAUUAACUUGGCAAGAAUGUUUCCAGUUCAAUACAAGACAUCAUUUAUGAAUGGUUAUUCUGGUUUAUCAUCAGUGUUAAGUUCAUAUUCAGCCGUUCCACCACUUUAUAUGGAUAAUUUAUUAAAUCGUAUGUCAAAAGCUCACUCAUUUGAUAUGUCAUUAAAGAAUUGUUUUAGUCAUAGUGAUUGUAAUGGUACAUCAAUUGGUCAAAGAUUUAACAAGUGGUCUACUGAAGGUACAUGGGCUGAAAAUAUUGCAGCUGGAAAUAAAGAUGGAAUCAGCACAAAUAAUCAAUUAAUUUGUGAUUCACCAAGUGGAAAUAAAGUAUGUACACCAGAUGGUAGUGGUCAAGAUGGUCACAGAAAGAAUAUCAUGGGUGAAGAUUAUCAAAUUUUAGGUGUUGGUUAUUAUUACACAUCAUCGUCAACCUAUAAUACUUAUUGGACUCAAGAUUUUACAAGUUCUUCAAAUUUACCAACCAAUCCAAUUUAUUCUGGUUAUCAUACUUUUUAUCCAUCUGCAACAAUUCCAAAAUUCAUUGCUAUGGUUUAUAGUGAAACUCAAACCAUUUCAACAAUGUCAAUUGUUUUUGUAGGUUCAAUUGGUAGUGCUGAUUCAAAGUUACCAAUGGAAUUAACCUAUGGUAAUCCAUCAUAUGCCGCUUAUACCUAUACCCCAUCGACCUAUACCGUAGCAUGUCAAAAAUAUUAUUUCCAAGGUACUACAAGCAAUGAUUCAACCAUUAGAUAUCCAGAUACUGGUUAUCUUCAAGUUAGUAAAGAUACAACAUGUUUAGGAUGGUCAAUUAGCUCCUCUGUAUCUUUAAAUGUAAAUCUAGGUUUAGAAAAUCCAAGUCAAACUGAAAUUGCUAUUAAAUUUGAAACUAGUACUCCAAAAGCAACAUAUCCACCACAAAGAAAUUGGAAUUGGUUUUGGGAUUAUAAAUUAUUAAGUAAAAAUAAUAAUCAACAACAACAACAACAACAACAACAACAACAACAACAAGAAGAAGAAUUUCAACAAGAUGAAGAAUUUUACAGUUCAACCUCAAAAUUAAUUGUAAAUUCCUCUGUUAUUUUAAUUGCUAUCUUCAUUAUUAGUUUAUUAUUUUAA